GUCGGAGAUCGCUUUGGAUGAAAGACUGGAUGUGCUGAAAGGAACUCGGUAUGCAAAACCAACUUUACGAGGAGCUCCUCGACAGCGAUCCCGAGGAGUACCGCAGGCUGCUGCGCGUCAGCCGCGAGCAAUUCCUGCAGCUGCUGUCUCGCGUGGGACCCAGAAUAGCGCGACAGGACACUGUGAUGCGGCGAGCAAUUCCACCAGAGACACGGCUACAAGUCACUCUUCGUUAUCUUGCAACGGGAGAGAGUCAUCAUUCAUUAAGCCGUCAAUUCAGGCUCGGACACUCAAGUGUCAAUGACCUCAUCCAUGAAACGUGCACAGCACUCUACGAAGAGCUGAAGGAGGACUUCAUAAGAACUCCAAAGACCAAAGAGGAGUGGCUGGAUGUGAUCAGUGGUUUCGCCCAGAAAUGGCAAUUUCCAAACUGUGCCGGUGCACUCGACGGCAAGCACGUCUGCAUCUGGAAGCCACCAAACUCUGGAUCUGUCUACCUUAAUUAUAAGAAAACCCACAGUAUCGUACUCUUCGCUGUGGUAUAUGCAAACUGCAAAUUCAUCUACACCGACGUCGGUGCCCCGGGAUCACAAGGAGACGCCGGCAUCUCGCAGACUACACCGUUACAACGAGCUCUGGCAAGCAAGAGGAUCCAUCUGCCAGAGCUGGUGAAGGUAGCAAGCUCACCAGACAAGUUUCUGCCCCCCGUUUUUGUGGGCGAUGAUGCAUUUCCUGUUGGAAAAAAUCUCAUGAAGCCGUUUGGUGGCACAAACCUCACGGAAGAACAGCGGAUAUUUAAUUACAGGUUGUCCAGAGCUAGACGUGUUGUAGAAAACACAUUCGGAAUCCUGGCCAACCGUUUCAGGUGUUUGCUGACAGUGAUAAAUGCAAUUCCCGAAAGGGCCACUGCCAUCGUCAAUGCUGCAUGUGUCCUGCACAACUUUCUCAGCAACAACGUGCUGCCCCAACAAGCAUCAAGGGCAGAUACAGAGAAGGAACGCCGAGGUCGCCCAACGUUUUUUCAUCUUCCCAGCAUCGCGUGGACGUGCUAG